AUGAUGACGAACAAACCUUGCAACGCGAAUGAUGAAGAUAUUGUAGACGGGAUGGUUGGAGUUGGAAAGCCACUCAGCCACCCAACAUCGAUGUCGUACUAUCUCCAGCGGAUUCGAUUGGGCGAAUUUUGCCGCGAAAUUGCUGAUUGUGCUCCAUUCGGAAUGUCAGAAUCAGAAGGCCCAGACUAUGAGCACACGAAACAAAUUGACGGCAAGAUUUGCGAAUUUGCUGGGAGUCUACCCUCGUUCUUUUCGUUGGCCUAUAGAUCGGACGAGCUGCCAAAAUCCGAUCCUCGGAGAUCUCCCGGGAUAAUCAUACAACGAUACAUAAUCAAUUUUCUGCUAAAUGCGCAAAGAUGCAGGCUUCACUUUGCUUACUUGUCACGGGCGUCUAAGGAUCCUACAUACGACUACUCACGGAAAGCAUGCCUGGAAGCAGCUCGAAUGGUAAUCCAAACUGAACGCCAACUCUCGGUAGAGGUGAUCCCCUUUGUGGCGGCGCGACUGAGAAUUCCAGGCUUGCUACAUUGCGUCUGCGUGGCAAUCAUUGUUCUCCUCAUAGACUUUUGUGGGGGUGGUUAUCCACAGGAAAAGGAUAUAACGGAAACAUUGGAAGCAUUUUCAAUCUUAGAAAAGGCUAAAGAAGAAUCUUUUCUUGCAGGAAAGCUGCUUGAAACUUUCAAGUCGGCUCUUCUCCGGCACGGUGCUUCGGGUUCAGCUGUUGAAGGAAAUACAACAACGAAAUCUACCACCCAAAACCUCGAUGCUUCACCAGGACUUGCCUGUAAAUCUCCGGCGCCUACAAACAUGGUACAUCCGACAGGCAGUAACAUCGAUGACUUCUUAAUGGACCCCACUUUGCCUGCUCUGGAUGACCUCUGGCAGGUAUUCGAUGAUAAUGUGGACCCAGGAACAGUGGAUUGGAAUAGCUUCUUCGCCGAACCGGAUACUGCAUUUCUGUCUAUCUAG